UUGAUUAAUCACUUGUCUUACUGCUGCAGGAAGAUCAAGCUAUAUUAAGAUGAUUAAUUUCUCACAGUUUUGUCCAGAAGAUGGUGGGGAGGUCUUCAUGAAUGAACUACUAGCACCUAUCAACCAUUCCUGAGCCAGCAUCCAUAAGGAGUGGGUACAACUGUGCUGUUCAGUGAUGCCUUCUCCACCAUGAGGUAUAGAUAUUACUUGAUUGUAUAUGGUUCACAUUGAAUAUCUCAAGCCAUUACCACUUGUGUGGUCACAAGAUUGCAAAACAAGCUCAUGGUGAUUUUUUGGCAAGAUUUUUAGCUUUUUAUAUUUUUCUCCCAUUGGGGGAAAACACUCAAUGCUGUAAGUAGAUCAGUACUCGAUCUUAUCACAUUAUAAACAUAAUUUUCCCAGGGGGCUGGAUUAGGCCAUUUCCUAUAUACGCAAGACCAUUAACCUGUUUUAAGUAAUUGAAUAGCUAUUGACUACUAAUUUGAACAUACUGAGUUAAGUUAGCUUAUUAACCAGUUUUCUGAAAUGCAGUCUCACAUCCCUUCUGGCCUACACAGUACAAUCAAAACCACUUCGUCUGGAUGAAGGACCCUUGCUUCUGUGUCUGUGUGUUCUGAUAUCCUUACCAACCUGUUCCUUGCAGGGAUCCUUGUCCUUUCUGCCAUCCUCGCUUGGCUCCUUGAUAAGUUGUUACUGAUCAGCGCUGCUACCUCUGACCCUUGCUGCCCCACCAUACAAUGAUGUGAACCAUUUCCUGGCUACAAAUGUUAGUCUUAGGCUCUUGGCAGUGGCCACAGUGCAAACCAGACUUCACUCGCUCACAGCUAGCUCCCCUCCCUCUGCAACCAUGUCUGACAAACCCCAUAAGGCUGAGGUAGAGAAGUUCGAUAAGUUGAAAUUGAAGAAAACACAAACACAAGAGAAAAAUGCACUGCCUUCAAAAGAAACUAUUGAACAGGAGAAGUAAGCAGGGGAGUCAUAAUGAAGUCACAAUACCUGCACUGCCAGAAUGCAAUGUACAUUCCACAAGCAAUGCCUUAUUUUACUUCUUUUUGCUGUUAACUUUAUAAGAUGCAAAGAGGUUGGAUCAGCUUUAAAUGAUUGUGCUACCCUUUUUCACAUCAAAGGAAGUAGAAAUACUAACAAGUGUAGGCCACUUCUCUCUCUUAUCUGCCUGUCUGACUAAAAAGAAAGGAAAAGUUGGUGAAAGAGGAAGCUGGGUGGGACCACAGUGAACUUUAGAGUA